AUCAAAGUAUAAGCCUAUAUAAGGAUCAGCCUGGACCCUGACGAUCCCCCGCCCCUGAAUUCUUUCACUGUGUGUCUCCUCGUUGUCCCUGAUUUAUUUCGUACACAGUACCAUCCAGGCUACCCCCAGCGGUUGCACCAGGUGUCCUUCCCCCGUCGCAAUGCAUUUCCCCUCCUCCUCCACGGUCCCUCUUUUCUGGAUCAUCUCGUCGACCCUUGCCCUACCGUCUUCCACCUACUCCCAGCUGGAUACCCGGGAUGUCCUCCGGCCUCGAAAUUGGGACUUUCGCCUCUUCAGCGCAGGCUGCGACCCCAAUACCACCUCCCUCGACGUCUCGCUGUGGCACCGGCAGGGCGUGUCGGCGACGGGGGGCUGCGCGACGCUAGAGACGAGUGUGAAUCUCACGCAGGUGGAGACGUUCUCGUGGAAGAGUCCGGGGGCCAGCCAGUACGAUCUGUGUUUGUACGGGGCGGGGUGCGCGACGAAGGGCGGCGAGGGGGCGGGGACGGUUCAGGUGGUGCGCAGUGGGUGGGAGGUUUGUCAGGCGUAUAUGGGGUGGAGGGGGUGGGGGGUUGUUGCGCAUGGGGGGGAGUGCUAG